AUGGACGAAGACCCCGUAUUUCAACUCUUUCCGGGACAGGAUCACGUCGAUCUUUACGCGGUCCUUGGGUUGCAGGCGUCCGAUAGCGUCGACGCGAUCAAGAAGGCUUACCGCAAGUUGGCACUGUUGUAUCACCCAGACAAGCAUGUACCCAGCAAGAAUGUCUCAAAAGAAGAGGCCUCUCUCAAGUUUACCCAAGUUGGAUAUGCAUAUGCCGUGUUGAGCGAUGGGAAGCGAAGGAAGCGCUAUGACGAAACAGGGAGAACAGACGAGCAAUCCGGCUUGGGAUUCGGUCCUGCGGAUGGGGAUGAAGGAGGGUGGGAGGCGUACUUUGCUGGCAUGUUUGAAGAGGUGACGCGCAAAAGGCUAGACGAGAUGAAGAAGGAAUAUCAAGGCUCCCAGGAGGAAAUUGAUGACGUCCAGGAAGCAUACUUGGAUGGAGAGGGUGACCUCGAGCAUAUUAUGGCCCAUGUUCCCCAUUCGACCUACGAAGACGAACCGCGUAUCAUAGCGAUCAUCAAAAAGCUCAUCAAGUCAAAGAAGAUUCAAUCGACGUCGAAGUGGGAGGCGGACAUCAAGGACGAAAAGGCUAAAAAGGCACGACGAAAGCAAGGCGAGCAAGAGGCCGGAGAAGCGGAAGAGGCGGCCAAGGAACUCGGCGUAUGGGAUGAGUUUUAUGGAUCUGGUGCCAAAGGAAAGCGUGGAGGAAGCAAGAAGAGCAAGCCCGAGGACGAGACAGCAAACCUCCAAGCGGUCAUCCAGAGACGCGCAGCCAGCCGAAAUACGGGUAGCUUCUUGGACAAUCUUGCUGCCAAGUACGGUGCGCUCGACGAGGACCCUAUGGAGAUUGACGACGCACCAAAAACCAAGAGCAAGGGAAAGGGAAAGAAGAAACGAGCACGAGAGGAGGAUGAAGAGGAGAUUUCAACCAAGAAAUCUCGCAAAACACCCGAGUUGGAUGACGCCGAGUUUGAACGUAUACAGAGAGAGCUUGAUGCGCGCAAGGCGAAGAAGAGGCAGACAAAAGGGUGA